AUGCUCAACCAACUCUUACAACAGAAGAGUCAAGAAGGGCACAUCCUUCCCCUACCGCAAGAGAAACCCAGCGCAGACAAACAAGCUGACGAACUAAUGGAGAAAGAAGAGAAAACUCACCCCAAUAAGAAGCUGCAAGGGGCUCCUGACGCCAUCAUGUGCCGAGCGUUUGCUACCACCCUUAAGAGUACCGCCAGAGAUUGGUAUCGAACUCUUCGACCAGGAUCUGUUGGUUCCUUCCAAGGGAUGGAGCAAAUGUUCAUCGGCCACUUCCUUAGUAGCCGGAGAGUUGCCAAAACAACAGGCCAUCUAAUGAAUAUGGUGCAAGGGGACCGGGAGACUUUAAAGAACUUCAUGCAUCGGUUCAACAUAGCGACCCUAGAAAUCUGCAACUUAGACAUGGGGGUAGCCUUGGCUGCCCUGACAACGGCCCUCCAACCCGGAAGUUUCCUAUACUCCCUAGGGAAAAAACCGCCGGUGGACAUGAGGGAGUUAAUGAUCCGAGCAGAGAAAUACAUAAACCUGGAGGAGAUGAUGGACACGAGAGGAAAUCGUCUAGAGCGGAAGAGGAGAAACAACGGCAGAGAAUCUGGAGACACGUAUAGAUCUAUAAAAAGGCACGAAACUAGUGCGCUACAAAUAGGUCAAAAGAGCAAAGGACAGCACAACAAGUUCUCCACCUACUCACCUCUAAAUGUACCGCGCUCAGAGUUGCUGAUGCAGAUAAAAAAGAAGGAAUACGUGCUGACGAUGGAAAAAGGGGAAACCAGUAGCAAACGAAACAAGAAAGGUGACGCCAUAACCUUUGACAGCGGAGAUGAAGAGGGAGUGCAGCAACCGCAUGAUGACGCACUGGUGCUCUCCCUACUCAUAGCCAAUUACAUGGUUAGACGUAUACUGAUAGACAACGGGAGUUCGGCCAACAUCAUGUUCUGGUCGGUCUUGGUAGGGAUGAAGAUAGGCAAGGAACGAUUGAAGCCCGUCUCGACCCCCUUGGUAGGAUUUGGGGGAGACACUGUUCACCCCUUGGGAACAAUCACGUUACCAGUAAUAAUAGGAACGACCUCGCAGCAGGUAACAACGUUGACAGAGUUCCUGGUGGUUGACCGACCUUCGGUGUACAAUGUCAUCUUGGGUCGCCCUUUCCUUAACGCAGUUCGGGCGGUAACAUCAACUUAUUACCUCAAAGUUAAAUUCCCUACACCCCAAGGGAUAGGAUAUGCCAAAGGAGAUCAAGCCGCUGCCCGGAGUUGCUAUGUAAUGGCCUUGAAAGGGAAGAUGGAGGCUAAAGAAGCUCUAACGGUGGAAGACUUAGAAGUCAGAGGAGAGUAUCCCCAGAUCACAGACAUGCCCGGCAUCGACCCUGCUGUGAUAGAGCACCGGUUGCAGGUCAACCCCAACCACCGACCUGUGAAACAGAAAAAAAGGAGCUUCGCAAUGGAGCGGAUCAAAAUAAUUGACGAAGAGGUGAUGAAACUGUUGCAGGCCAACUUUAUCCGAGAAGUGGACUACCCCGAGUGGCUGAGCAAUGUGGUCUUGGUCAGGAAGCCCAAUGGAAAAUGGCGCACCUGCAUAGACUUUACGGACUUGAAUAAAGCAUGCGCAAAGGACAGCUUUCCUCUCCCUCGAAUUGAUCAGCUAGUGGAUUCGACCUCGGGGCACGAGUUCCUCAGCUUCAUGGAUGCUUACUCAGGGUACAACCAAAUCCCUAUGAAUCCAGCUAAUGAAGAAAAAACUUCUUUUGUCACCAACAGGGGUCUAUAUUGUUAUCGGGUGGUGCCCUUCGGCUUAAAAAAUGCGGGGGCCACAUAUCAGAGGUUAGUGAACAAGAUUUUUAAGGAACAGCUCGGAAAAACAAUGGAAGCAUACGUGGACGAUAUGUUGGUGAAGAGCAUGGAAGCAGGGCAACAUUGUAAAGAUCUGAGGGAAACGUUCGAGCUCCUCCGCCGGUACCACAUGAGGUUGAAUCCCUCAAAGUGCGUGUUCGGCGUUUCUGCAGGUAAAUUCCUGGGCUUUAUGGUGACUCAUAGAGGUAUAGAAGCAAAUCCGGAUUAA